AUGCCAUCAUUUGGCAGGCAACACUUUCAAGCCAAUCCUUUCACCCAAACCAGACCUCAGUACCAGCCUAAUCCAUUCCAGGCACCCCCACGGCCUUGGGCUGCGAAACCAUUACCGAAACCCGAGCCGAUGGAUAUUGACCAGAGUAUGAGAACACACAAUGUGGACUAUGGUAACAGGCCACCAAUGAAUCUUAAAAGACCACCGCCGAUAUCGGGGCAAGCAUAUCCGUACCCAUUCAAAAAGCACGCUCAUCCUAUCGAUACCAUUUUUGAAGAUCGAACAGAAGAUCUCUAUAAUUACGAAUAUGAUUAUUACGACGAUUCAUAUCCAUAUUAUGAUAUGCAAUCACCGGCAGAACCGGAACCUAAAUUAGAUACGCAAGAACAAGAACCGCAGCAAGAUGAGGCUACAGCCACCCAUUUUUUAGAAUGGAACUCAAUAGAUACAGGAGCAAACAUUAACUUAAUCAAUCCAAAACUUGCCUGGGCCUACAAGGACAGCAGGCCGUAUGAUUUCAAUGCCGAAGGCAUCACUAGUGCUAACGCUCAUCUUACUGAAGAGGAGCAGAAUCAACUAAGAGUUGUCCUCGACAGCUCAAAAGAAGUUUUUCAUGAAACAAAUGCAAAAUUAACAUGCUCAACAAACGUUGAGUGCACAAUCAAUACCACCGAUGAUAUUCCAGUUCAUCAGAAGGUAUAUCCUUACCCUGCUGCCUAUGCAGACGAGGUCAAAAAGCAAAUCAGCAAACUCCUGGAAGAUGGUAUUAUUCGACCAUCUCGUUCAGCGUGGACGGCACCAGUAUGGGUUGUACCAAAGAAACCCGAUGCCUCAGGAGAGAAAAAAUUCCGAAUGGUGAUAGACUAUCGGAAGGUGAACGAGAAGACAAUUCCCGAUAAAUAUCCAAUGCCCGAGAUUGGGUAUGUUUUAGAUCAACUAAAGGGUCAAAAAUACUUCACCACCCUUGAUUUAGCGUCUGGAUUUCACCAGAUUAAAAUGAGGGAGAAAGAUAUCGAGAAAACGGCUUUCGCCAUCAACAACGGGAAAUAUGAGUUCACUCGAAUGCCGUUCGGCUUGAAGAACGCUCCUGCGAUCUUCCAGCGGGCAAUUGACGACGUGCUAAGAGAUCACAUAGGGAAAAUAUGCUAUGUGUACAUCGAUGACGUCAUCGUGUUUGGAAAGACCCUAAACGAACAUUUGAAAAAUCUUAAAAUAAUUCUAGAAACACUAAAUAAUGCAAAUCUCAAGAUUCAGUUGGACAAAUUUCUACGUUUCAGACUACUACUGCUAUUAUGUAUUCAACCAAACCAACUUCAAUCGACACAAGAUGUGACACUCGACUUACGGGACGUAGGACGUCAACCAGUCGUGAUCUUCGAUCAAGGCGAGGCACGGAUCAAACUUGACCACACAUAUUACAUUCAUCACUUCAAUCUAACGACUAUUAGAAUGCAAGUAAAAAGCCUUAGAGAUCAGUUUGAAAACUUUAGCAGAAAUCAAUUUUCCGACUUAAUAAUAGAAAAAUUUAACGAAAUAGAUUUUGCAUUAAAAAGCAUAGACCCUAUCAGACGUCAUAAACGUUGGGAUAGCUUAGGCACAGUUUGGAAAUUUAUAGCUGGCAGUCCAGAUGCCAAUGAUUUGAGAAUCAUCAAUUCUACCAUAAAUAAUUUAAUUAUGAACAAUAAUGAGCAGAUCAGGAUUAACCGUGAGAUAAACCUACAAUUGAAGGAAGCAAUGUCUGAAACGAAAAAGGCAAUCAAUCUGUUUAACACAAGAUCAGCCGAAACUUAUUCCACUAAGAUUUUAUUUCAUUUAAACUACUUAUCAAAGAAAUUGAACCAGAUAAUUGAUACAAUUUUGUUAGCUAAAUUAGGAAUAGUAAACGAAAAAAUUCUGAGCCAACGUGAAAUUGAUAUUUUAAUCAAUGAUUUAGCUAGGGAAAAUAUAACGGUUCAUACUGCUCUGGAGGCAAUGAAUUAUGCGACGACAUCAGUGGCAACGAACAGUUUGGAAAUUGCACUCAUAAUAAAAAUGCCAAAACUCGACCCGAGAAUAUUCAACAAAAUACGUCUAUACCCAAUCAUUCACAAAAAUAAGCAAAUUCAUAUAGAUCAUCGAUUUUAUCUAACUCACAAAGACGAGAUUUACUCCAUAAACUCAGUCGAACCUACUAUAUUCGACGCAAACGAAAUCAAUUUGGACAAUUCAACCUGCAUACCGAAGCUAUUGAAAGGAGAACAGGCAACUUGUAAUUUUACCACCAACCCAGUUGAAGAAGAAGUUAUUUUUCUAGACAACCAACACUUGUUCAUAAACACUAUGAAAAAUUUCACCCUUUCAUCAAAUUGUGGCCUAACAAACAGAAACCUGACCGGACCAUUCAUCGUUUUCUUCAGAAAUUGUCAGUUAUACAUCAAUAAUAUUUUAUAUAGCUCAAGAGUGAAAACCUUACCGGGAAACCCAAUACAAUUACCCCUAGACGGAAUCGAUGUGAAUAUGCAUCAAGAGAUUCUAAACAUCAGCCUGGACCAUUUACAUAAACUCCAUCUGGAAACGAGGAAGGAGCUGGAUGUUAUCCGACUAUCAACGAACAGUAUAAAGUGGCCAAAAUUAUCCAUUUUCGGGGGAAUUAUGUCCCUACCUAGCUUAAUCGCCAGGACCACAACAGUCGAAGAUCCAGUACCAGACAUCCAACCUAACAUUAGACGUUUGACAAUCAGAGAAGUGAUUCGUACGGAACCUCAUCUCUCAGGAAGGACGAGUUAACGAUGAAGCCACGCGACUCAGGUGCUGACGUCGAAGUUCCUCGAGACAACCGGCAAACAUCGCAAUCGCCAAGCUAGGCAUUUUUGUUAGACGACGACAACGUGCGACCCAAUCGAUGGCAACGUGUGACCGGAUGGAUGGCACCACCGCGAGGAUUGCAGAGUUAGCAGUAUUGAACUGUAGUUAGGGCUAAUUAAUUGAAAUAAAUUCAUUCGAGGUGGAACGGUAGAGUAGUGUAGUUGUAUUUUUUAAAAAGAGUAUCACAAACUCUUAUUC